CGCUCCUCGGCAUAAUUGUUUAAACCGCUGCGAUCGAGCACCAUAUAUCGCCCGCAGCUCCGCUCGUCAGUUUCGAAAUCUCUAAGCCGGAACCAUUAUUUCUUUUCAUUUUUUCUCAUAAUUUUCCGAAAUGGUCAAGUCAAAAGUGUUCAUUCUCCAAAAGCAAUUCGAGGGUCUACCCAAGCCCGGCGAUUUAAAAUUGGUCGAAGAAGAACUGCCGCCUUUGAAAGACGGAGAAUUUUUAGUCGAAGCCGUCUACCUAAGCGUUGACCCCUACAUGCGCGCCUAUGCCCCAAAUCUGCCCUUGGGAAUCCCGUUCAUCGGAUCUCAAGUUGGGAUAAUAAAGGAAAGCAAAAAUCCCAAGUUUCCGGUAGGCAAAUACGUAGUUGGUAUGUUUGGCUGGAGGAGUCACUCAGUGGCCAAUGGGGAAAGCAAUAACUGGGCGUCCCUGCCUACCUACAUCUUACCAGAUUUUGGAAAAUUGUCCACAUCGCUUGGUCUUGGCGUACUUGGAAUGCCCGGGAACACAGCUUACUUCGGCUUCCUGGAAAUUUGCAAACCGAAAGCCGGAGAGACUGUGGUCGUGUCGGGGGCAGCGGGCGCUGUGGGAAACCACGUCGGUCAAAUUGCCAAAAUAAAAGGAUGCAAGGUCAUCGGGAUCGCUGGGUCCGACGACAAGGGCAAGUGGCUCGUGGACGACCUAAAGUUCGACCACUUCAUCAAUUACAAGACGCAGGACGUGGACAAGGCGUUGAAAGAGCUCGCUCCCGAGGGAAUCGACUGUUAUUUCGACAACGUUGGUGGAGAGAUCAGUACAACCGUCAUGAACAACAUGAACACGUUCGGAAGGGUGUCCGUUUGCGGUUCCAUUUCCGGAUACAACGACAGAACCAGUAAAGCGAGCGUCGUCCAGUUUGCGAUAGUGAUGAAGCAGCUAAAGGUGGAGGGAUUCAUAGUGAGCCGAUGGAACGACAGAUGGUCUGAAGGAAUACAGCAAAAUUUGGCGUGGAUCAACGAGGGAAAGCUCAAGUACAAGGAGACCGUCACGGAAGGUUUCGAAAAUAUGUUCAACGCGUUCGUGGAAAUGCUGCAAGGCGCUAAUUUCGGAAAGGCCGUCGUUAAAGCUUAGCUGGACGGAUGGAAAUCAAACGCAACUGCAUUUACGAUAUAACGUUGUUUGUUUUCUACUUCAAUAAAUUUUUGUUUAUAAUCGA